CAGAUAAAUAGUCCUGUCAAAAGGCGCAGCGCGGUGGUGCGCGCCGAGCAGGGGCCAGGGCGCCGACUUCGCCGCCGCCCUCUCUGGGGUCAGCGGCGGGGCUCGCUCUCGCGGCUACGCGCUUCCCGACCCGGUUUCUAGUUCUCUCCAGAGUUCAGCCUGACCCCCGCCUCCGCGAGGGAGCGGAAGGCGGACACCGCGAGACUGGCCUGGGGGAGGAAGGCGGGGGCGUUCGGGACUCAGCGAUGUCCACCGGCUCGGUGAGCGACCCCGAGGAGAUGGAGCUGCGGGGGCUGCAGCGGGGGUACCCGGUCCCCGCCUCCAAGAGGCUGCCCCUCCGGGGCGCGGAGCGCAGCUACAUCUCGCCCAGUGACAACUCAUCGGCAGAGGAGGAAGACCCCGACGGCGAAGAGGAGCGCUGUGCGCUGGGCGCGGCGGGCGGCGCCGGAGGCUGCAAGAGGAAGCGGCCCCGUGUGGCGGGGGGAGGCGGCGGCGGCGGCGGCAAGAAGCCCCUCCCGCCCAAGGGCUCGGCCGCCGAGUGCAAGCAGUCGCAGAGGAACGCGGCCAACGCCCGCGAGCGCGCCCGGAUGCGCGUUCUAAGCAAAGCCUUUUCCAGGCUCAAGACCAGCCUGCCCUGGGUGCCCCCCGACACCAAGCUUUCCAAGCUGGACACGCUCCGGCUGGCUUCCAGUUACAUCGCGCACCUGCGGCAGCUGUUGCAGGAGGACCGCUACGAGAACGGCUACGUCCACCCGGUGAACCUGACGUGGCCCUUUGUGGUUUCUGGACGACCCGACUCUGACACCAAAGAAGUUUCCGCAGCCAGCAGGUUAUGUGGGACCACCGCUUAGAUCGAACUCGAACUCACUUGACGGGUCUAUUGAUUAAGCGCCUGUGUUUGGGGGUCAGGGAGAGAAGGGAAACUGCGCAAGAAUCCGCGGAGAACAGGAAGAAAGACCUAUUGGAUUCUCCUAGCCUCCCCCACCCCGGAACUGUGAAACCUAGUGGUGGCGGGCCUGGGGGGGCCGAGCCUGAGGGUCGGCGGCGCGGCUGUCAUCUCAGGGCGGGGACGGCUAGGCUGCCGCAGGUCUGGGCAAAGUUCACGCGCGGAUUCAGAUCCAACCUCGAGCUUCAGCAGUGUAGACUAGCCCCGCCGCCGCAGACUGAGCCCAGCGCCUAGCCACCUAGGGGUUAGUUUCCAAGCAGAGCCCGGUACACACGUGUGAUGGCCUGACUUUGCACAGCCCUGGCGUCUCAGGGUUGGCAACGGUUAGCACGCGCACUCAGUGUUCCGCUUCAAAGACAGAGGUCUUCACAGGAGACCUACAUCUGGGCGUGUUUUUAAGUUGCAAAUAGUGACGUGUGGGAUACCUGGGCUGGGUUUGCAUUCCACGAGUCUGCGCCAUCCCCACCCCACCCCCACCCCCUGGCGGGCGGACGACGCCCUUUCUGGGCGGGAAGAGUUGGAGGCGUGCUUUCAGAGACCUCCCGGGUGGGUUUUGCCCCGAGCGCUCCGGGCGGUUUGGCCUCCAGGUGCGGUCACGCCCCUUACUACCCUCUCUUCCUAACCUGGCUGCAGUGGCAGCUCUCUGGUUCUUGGCUUGAGCACCCCUUGUGUCUCCUCUUCCUCCCUUCCCCUCCCUCCCCCUCCGCCGCACUAACUUGGCUCGGAUCUGCCUUGGAGCCUCACUCUGCUCCCUCUUCCUGCGCCUACUUGCUGCGCCCUCGUCCUAACCUUCCUCAUCCAGUCUCCCCUCUCCAAGCUAGUGUGGCUCCCGCCUCCAACCCCGCCUCCCUGCGCCCCCCUUCUUCCUCCCGCGUGAGGAUCGCGGAGCGGGCCGCUGGGGCUGUUCGGUACCUAGUGACCCAGCUCCGGGGAACGCGCCGCUGUCCAGACUGCACCAUCACAGUAACUAGCAAAUGUAAAUAAAUUUAUUUUUUUAUGAAUAAUAAAACGCAUUGUGAAAACCAA